AUGUCGGGUAGGUCGACUCGAUCGGGUGCGUCGGGGACAGCGUCGUCAAGCCGUGGCAGAGGCUGCGGCAGGGGCGGAUCAAGUGCCGGCCGUGGACCGGGUGCGGCUCCCACCGCCGCCCCGGCCCCCGCUCCUGCGGCUCCCGCUCCUGCAGCGGCUCCGGCUCCUGCGGCAGCUCCCGCCGCCGCUGCUGCCGCCGCUGCUGCCUCCGCGCCGGCACCUGCGGCCCCACCGGCGCCCUCACCACCGCCGGUGGCCCUCUUACAGCCCAAUCUCGCCAAGGCGACUGUGGUCGCCUCUUCCACACCGCUGGCGGACUUGCCGUGCAUGGCCGUGUUCGGUCUGGCGGGCAGUGAGCCGAGGGUCCACGGCGAUCGGGUAUUAUUUCCUUCCGGGGAAGCGUUGGUGACAGAGGUCGCUCCGCUACCGGGGGUACCAUCUUACUUCCAAGCGGUGGACACGGCGAUGGGCAUCGAGCGUGGGGCGCGGGACGCGCCCCCGCUGUUUCGGAAGGCUCUGUUGCUGUCGAAAACCACACAGAUGAACCCGCUCCCCACGACAGCCCUUACUCCCCUUCGGACCGAAAAGGGCAAGGAGGAUUGGUAUUCUUUCAAACCCCACGUCGACGCAAUUAUCGCCAAGGGUGUGACGCUGGGGCUGAUGACCUGGCGGAGCAUGCUGGACGAUUUCGUGUACCGGGGCAACGACAUGCUGUUGCAAUUUGGAGUACCGGAGAAGGUGUUUGGCAUCUUCACCGAUCUUAUGCCGAAUGCUCGGAACAUCUCCCGUGAAACCACGUUGCGGGACCGCAGUCGUCUCAAAGCUAUCGACACGAUUAGCGGUGGGUGGAAACUGGCGGCAACCCUGGCGACGGCCCAUCUCUCAGGAUACGCGGGUGCUUACCAACAGGCGGCGUCGCAGGCGUCCACCAUAGCCGCGGGUAUCACCGCCCCGUUGGCCCCGGUCGGCGGCAGACCGCUUGCGGUACCUCUCCCAGGCUUGGCGACCCUACACACGUCCUCAUCUCGCGGAAAAGGUCGCUCCAAAGCCAGGGCUCCGGGCGGAGGCAGAGGCUCUUCCGGCCCCCCGGCCCCCGCUUCUGCCUAG